AUACAGCGAGCAAUGAAAUACACCGAGUAGCUGAAGCAGAGAAAAAGGAGUUAGAUUAAAAUUAAAAUUAAAAUGGUGCCUGUUAAAGAGCUGCAGUUGCCAGGCUACUGGCACUGCAGUUUUGUGUGUGGUGUGACACAACACUCAGUCUUUUCUCCUGCAUCCUGUAGUAACUGCAUUAUUUGGGAACAUCAAGGUUUAGUUCCUCCAUCUGUCAAGUAAAGUGAUUUCAUUCUACAAUGAGAACAAUAUUUUCAAUUUUUGGGACCAGCAAGGUGUUGGAAUGAACAUGGAAAUUCUAAAGUGCUUUGCAAAAAUUGAUACCUAUGCUAAGGAUUAUACUCUUACCUCUUUGACCUAAAGAUGUCAUCCUCGUAAUAUUUUUCUACCUAAUGUCCCCCAGUCCAUUAAUCUAUCCACAGCAUAAAUGUGACCCUGAGACAUUCUGUUACUAGGCAAAAAUGUCACAUGUGAAACAAGUGGGACUUUUAGCUGCUGGAUGUCAGCCAUGGAACAAGGAUAUAUGUGCUGCUAGUGGGGACAGAUUUGCCUACUGUGCUACCCUUGCUGUUUAUAUUUAUCAGCUGGAUCACCGAUACAAUGAAUUCAAGCUCCAUGCAAUUAUGUCUGAGCACAAGAAGACAAUCACAGCCAUAUCUUGGUGUCCCCACAACCCUGAUGUGUUUGCAAGUGCCAGUGCAGAUAGUUUAGUGAUCAUAUGGAAUGUGAAUGAACAGAAGGUUGUGGCCAAGCUGGACAAUACAAAAGGAAUUCCUGCAUCCCUUGGCUGGUGCUGGAAUGCAGGUGAUGCAGUUGCAUUUGUGUCGCACAGAGGUCCACUGUACAUUUGGACUAUCUCAGGACCUGACAGCGGGGUAACUGUGCAUAGAGAAGCACAUAGUUUCUUGUCAGAUAUCAGUCUGUUUAGAUGGCAUCCAAAGAAAAAAGGAAAGGUGGUAUUUGGACAUACUGAUGGAAGCCUAUCUAUUUUUCAACCAGGUUCUAAAAAUCAGAAACAUGUCUUAAGACCAGAAUCUCUUGAAGGAACGGAUGAAGAGGAUCCAGUUACAGCUCUGGAGUGGGACCCUUUGUCAACUGAUUACCUACUUGUUGCUAAUUUACAUAAUGGUAUUCGACUAGUUGAUUCCGAAUCUCUGUCCUGUAUCACAACUUUUAGUUUUCCCAGUGCAGCAGCAUCUGUUCAGUGUUUAGCCUGGGUUUCUAGUGCACCUGGAAUGUUUAUAACUGGAGAUUCUCAGGUUGGUGUGUUACGUGUUUGGAAUGUUUCGCGUACAACACCUAUAGAUAAUUUUAAAUUGAAGCAAACUGGUUUCCAUGGCUUGCAUGUGCUAAGUUCUCCUCCAAAAAAAAAGGCAUGUUCAUCACAGUAUCCUACUAAAAAUCACCAUACGUCUUCAACAAGUGAGGCUGUUCCUCCUCCAACUUUAACCCAAAACCAAGCAUUUUCUCUUCCUCCUGGUCAUACCGUCUGUUGCUUCAUGGAUGGUGGAGUGGGGCUUUAUGACAUGGGAGCCAAAAAGUGGGAUUUCCUUAGAGAUUUGGGACAUGUUGAGACCAUCUUUGAUUGCAAAUUCAAACCUGAUAACCCUGAUCUUCUUGCUACAGCUUCAUUUGAUGGCACAAUAAAAGUUUGGGACAUAAAUACUUUAUCAGCGGUUUAUACAUCUCCUGGUAAUGAGGGGGUUAUUUAUUCCAUUUCUUGGGCUCCAGGAAAUCUUAACUGCAUAGCAGGUGGAACAUCCCGAAAUGGUGGCUUUAUCUGGGAUGUUCGAAAAGGCAAAAUGAUAACCAGAUUCAGUGAGCAUGGAAAGAAUGGAAUCUUCUGCAUUGCCUGGAGUCAUAAAGAUUCCAAAAGAAUAGCAACCUGCAGCAGUGAUGGAUUUUGUAUUAUUCGAACCAUUGAUGGCAAUGUUCUUCACAAGUACAAACAUCCAGCUGCAGUGUUUGGCUGUGAUUGGAGUCAAAACAACAAAGAUAUGAUAGCUACUGGUUGUGAGGAUAAAAAUGUUCGUGUUUACUACUUGGCAACCAGCUCUGAUCAACCAUUGAAAGUUUUCACUGGGCAUACUGCAAAGGUGUUUCAUGUACGGUGGUCUCCUCUCAGAGAAGGAAUCCUCUGCAGUGGCUCUGAUGACGGAACCGUUCGGAUAUGGGAUUACACACAAGAUGCUUGUAUAAAUGUUCUUAGUGGACAUACAGCUCCAGUACGAGGACUGAUGUGGAAUCCUGAAAUUCCUUACCUUCUAAUAUCUGGCAGUUGGGAUUAUACAAUUCGAGUGUGGGACACAAGAGAUGGAACGUGUUUGGACACAGUUUAUGAUCAUGGCGCAGAUGUAUAUGGAUUAACGUGUCAUCCUAGUCGUCCAUUUACUAUGGCAUCUUGCUCUCGUGAUUCUACUGUCAGACUCUGGUCAUUGACACCUCUUAUAAACCCUCUACAAAUAAAUAUCAUAACAGACAGAUGUUGGGAUGAUAUUAUUGGCAAUACAGAUCGUGCUGUGGAGUCUGGAGCUCCUCCUUUGCUGUGUGGUAAAGUUUCCAGGGAUAUUAAACAAGAAUUGGAAAAAUUGUCAGGAAGUCCUCGAGGAAAAAAACUAAGGUGGUUUUCAGAAUUUUUUUCACCUCCAGGAGGCAGCAAAAAUUUAUGGGAUUUGGUUGCUGUAAUAAAAGGACAGGAUGACAGUUUGCUUCCACAAAACUACUGCAAAGGAAUUAUGCAUAUGAAACACCUCAUUAGAUUUAGACUGUCCAAGGCACAAGAACUGACAACAGUAAAGAUGUCUAAAUUUGGAGGUGGUAUUGGUGCACCAAGCAAAGAGGAAAGACUCAAAGAAGCUGCAGAAAUACAUUUAAGAUUAGGACAAAUUCAGCGAUAUUGUGAGCUAAUGGUAGAACUUGGAGAGUGGGACAAAGCUCUCUCAGUUGCACCUGGUGUAUCAAUGAAAUAUUGGAGGAAGUUAAUGCAGAGGAGAGCUGACCAGUUAAUUCAGGAAGAAAAUGAUGAUGUCAUCCCAUACUGUAUAGCUAUUGGAGAUGUGAAGAAACUGGUUUCUUUCUUUACUUCAAGAGGUCAGCUUAAAGAGGCCCUACUUGUUGCACAGGCGGCUUGUGAAGGAAAUAUACAGAUGUUACCACUCUCCACAAGUGGAACUUCAAAUUCUGGUGGAAACAAUACAGAUGAUUAUAAUGAUCUCCUGCAGAAAGUGAGUAAAGAACUGGCAGAUUGGUAUUUCCAGGAUGGCCAUGCAGUGCUUGCAGCAUGUUGUCAUUUGGCUGUUGAAAAUAUAGAGCUUGCAAUGGCAAACCUGAUUCGUGGAAAUGAACUGGAGCUGGCAAUCAGUGUGGGUACUGUCUUGGGAGAAAGUGCAGCACAAGCAACACAUUAUGCACUAGAAUUACUAGCAAGAAAAUGUAUGGCAGUGAUAACAUGCUUCCCAUCACUUGGAUACAGGGAUUUAGCAGUUGAUCUUCUUAUGAUGAUUCCUGAUAAUAAACUGCAGUUAGUAAAACUCUGUGCUUUCUAUCCUGGAUGCACAGCAGAAAUAAAUGACCUGCAUGAAAAGUGUAAUCUUCCUGAUGUGGAAGAGUGUAUGCGAAUGGCAGAGACAAUUCAGGCAGAUGGGGAUGUAUUUGAAACAAUAAAGUACUAUCUGUUAAGCACAGAACCUGAAAAGGCUCUCCCUGUUGGCAUUCAGUAUGUGAAAGAACAACUUGGUGGCUCAGAUUGGACUUUAGAUUCAGUCUUUCCAUAUCUUGAUCUUUUAAGUUACAUACGGACUGAACAGUUAAUGUUGCCUAAGUGUAGUGAGUUUCGGAAUGAGUUGCUGAUUUUGUGUGGUUAUGUUGGUGCUUUACUUGCUAUCAGAAGACAGUACAACAGCAUUGUACCUGCACUGUAUGAGUAUACAUGUCAGCUUUUAAAAAGACGGGAAGUAUCUGUACCUUUGAAAAUUGAACACCUUUCUGAGGAAUUAGAUGCAUGGAGAGCUUGCACACAAUCAAACAAGCCUACGGAUGAGUUGCCAUGCACCCCGCCCUCUGAAUCGCAGAGAGCGCUGUAUUCAGUGCUUGUCUCGCGAAUUCAGGGGGAGCCUCUGAAAGGAAUGGUUGGGCCAGACUGUGUCACUGGAUCAAAUCUUCCCAGUCACUCAGAUGUUCAUACCUCUUGUUUGACAGGACAAAAGAUCCAGGGUCCUGUGUUCUUCCUCGAAGAUGGAAAAUCUGCUAUUUCACUGAAUGAUGCUUUGAUGUGGGCCAAAGUGAAUCCUUUUUCACCAUUAGGAACAGGAAUACGACUUAACCCAUUUUGAUGAGGUGUUUCCUCUGUACUUUAUAGUGCUUAAAAUAACACUCUGGGAGUUAAUGCUUAUUUAACCUUGAUUGUCAAAGGACAGAGAGGUAGUUGAUUCCUCCUGAUGGUCAAUUACUUGAACUUUGAAAAUUUUAAAAUGAGAAGAAAAGGAUUUCUAUACAAAUGUUUGUUGAGAAUCCAAAGAAAAAAAUUAUUUGAUAAUCCAAAGAAAAAGUCCUAAUUUCAUAUAUAGCCAUGUCUUUUUUUUUGUAAGAAUAUUGUUGUCAGACAAUUAUUUUUGUCAACUCUGUGUGAAUAGAUGCUUUGUAAAGUAAGCAACUAUCUACAUAUUACUAAAAUAUUGAUAAUAAACUGUGAAACCCAUAAAUACUGUUCUGAAUAUAUAAUCAUAGAAUAACUUUAUUGACAGCAACUCCAAACUUUUUCAGAAUGACUGGAAUAUUUUGGCUGUUUCACACUGUCCCCCUUUUUAAUUUGAACUAACUUUUACACACAGGGUUGUAUAGCAAAAGGAAAAAUUUAAAGAGUAGGUGUUUUUUUUCAUCCCCUUGUUAUUGUGCUUUAAUAGCAGUACAAAUAGAAGGUCACUUAUGAUUUAUUUAUAUUAUCUAUAUUUUGUCUAGAUUAUCUAUUUUUUUUUGUUAGAUUAUCUAAAUUACAAAAUUGUAUUUUCUAAUAGAAUAUUUGGCAACAUUUCCCAUUAUACUUUCACCGGAGGCUAAAACUCUUUAUAAAUUAUUUUUGGUUUUUUUAACAAAGUCUUUGUAUAGAACAAACAGCAUAUUUAUUGAAGUCAUUUAACUAUGCUGUGUACAUUUUAAAAGCUUGUUUUCUCUUUAUAUUUUGUAUUAGUUGUAAACAUGCAUAUAAUAUGACAGACCAGAAGUAAGUACUUGUGCAUAUAUAUUUUUAUUUACUAUAUCUACACUCAAAUGGAAAAACAGUUAUGGCAAUAGAAUACUAAAAAUAUUUAAAGCUGUGUAUAGUAUGGAAUUUAAUUAUAAGGCAAAUAUUAUACUCAUUAUUCUUAUUAAUAAUUCUUAUAAUCAGAAUUGCUCACCUUUAGAAAAGAUGCCUUGGUUGCAACACUUUUUAUUAGUUUAAUGGAUGGUACAUAAGCAGAAAUUUACUUUAUCUGUUCUUACAUUAUUUGCUUGUACUUUAAAAUAAAUUUUGAAAUUUAUUUAAAUUCCUGAUAGUUACAUGAAAUAUAAAGCGGUUACAAUUAAAAAUUGGCAGAAUUAUUUCUAUAGCAACUGUCAUAAAAAGUGGAAACAGUAUUGGGUCUCUAUUUAGUAGAUCCUAUCAAAAAAGCCUCAAUUUAGAGGUAAGCCUUGCCCUUAUUUAACUGUAGAAAUAACAAUGCCACCAUGCUGGAAAGAUGGGAUGGAGAUUAGAAAUAAAAGAAAAUCCUGGGUUGGUUUUUUCCCCUCCAUCUUUAAAAUGGUAAAAUUUCCUUCUGGUAAUGUUCUAGAGUAUUAUUUACAGGGUUUCUGGUGUAAGAAUAUAUUGGGUGGAGGGAAUACAGCUAUUUUGUACCCUAAAAACCCCAUUUUUGUACAUACUUGGGUGCUGGAACUGAAUAUUUUACUUCCUGCAAGUAUUCAUUGAAAAUGUUUUCCCUUUGUUUACUCCAUGAAGCUUGCAGAAGAAGAAUUUUAUUUCAGAAGUUAAAAUUCAUAAUUUUUGAAAGAAUUUUCCAUCAGUCAGUACCUGAUCUUGCUUCUGUCAAAUGAAAAACUAUCUGUCUUUUAGCACAUAAAUCUUACAACCUGGUAUGGAAAAGUUCUUGAUAGAGAGGUGGAGAGCAAACAUGAGAACUGAACAUGCAGCCCCAUGACUGAGGAUUGGGAUUGGAAAUAUUGACUCAACUGCCAUUCUACUAUAUUUAAAAUCUUUUGUUGUAUCAUAAGGAUUUUUAUUAAUAUUUCACAAUUAAAAUAUAUUGAAUACGUAGUAUAACUGCAUCAACGUGUUGCACAUAAAUUGUGCCUUAACAUGGAAUCUUGGGCAAAUCUACUCCCUCUGAAUUACAGAGUGAGGGUUAAAAAUUCAUUCCUUACUGAAAUACAAAAAUUAAGUCAAAGGGCAUUUUUUAUAUUGGGGAUUCAUCAGGAAACAGUCAUUGUGAAUAACAUGAGGUUGCAUUUUCUUUGAAGUUGUUUGUACAGUGGUGCGUGAGGGGAAUAUGCGGAAAAGGUUGUAAUUGUGUCUGCUGUUACAGCUGUGGUUGCAACUGUCAACUGGUUCAUCAAUUUCAAAAAUAAUUUCAGAUUGUUUGCUAAUGUGUAGCUUCAUUGUCUAGUAUAGCAAGUCAAAUACAGGUAUCUCCCCCUUAAUAUUAAAGAAUACUUUGUCUUCAAAA